UUACAUUUCAUCAUGGUUAGGUCAUAGCGGUAAUACGAUAUUCGUAUGGCACCAAACGUACUACUCGCGUAGCUAAGUGCUUUUGAUUUUAAGCUCGACGAAGUGUGUUAUUUGUUAUUCUAUGUCUUCGAGUUUGCUUGAACCAAAUAUCCAGAUUAAAAAACGAAAAAUGUCAAAUGUGGAAGGACAUGAAAUGAAGGAAUAUACAUACAUAGUCGUUGGGGGAGGGAUAGCGGGUGUCACUUGUGCAGAACAUUUGUACAUUCUAGACCCUGAAGCUCAAACUCUUCUUCUGACUGCUUCAUAUCUCAUCAAAAGUGUAACAAAUGUCCUGCCCCUCACCAAAACACUAGAUGCUUUUAAUGUUGAAGAACAGCCCCCUGAAGAUUUAGUGAGUCGUUGCCCCUCUGUCACAGUUGAACAAGAUGCAGUUGUUCGGCUUGAAGCAAAAAAUAAGGUGAUCCAUACCAACAGUGGUAAGAAAUUCAAGUAUGAGAAGUUGUGUAUAUGUUCUGGGGCAAAACCAAAAGUCAUACCAGUAGCAGGGAACAAUCCAUAUGUACUAUGGAUUCGUGACACAGAAUCUGUCAGUCAGUUUCAAGAAAGAAUGCUGAAUGCAAAACGUAUUAUCAUUGUUGGAAAUGGAGGAAUUGCAACAGAAAUGGUUUAUGAAGUAACAGGUGUUGAGGUGAUUUGGGCCAUUAAGGAUAAGUACAUGACUGCAAACUUUAUUGACCCUGGGGCUGCAGAGUUCUUCCGUCCAGAGUUGGGUAAAGAAAAAGUUAAAAAAGCACUUCCUGUCAAGAGAAGAAAAUACACUGUGGAUAAAGCAAGUGGUGAUGUACCGUUCAUGGGAGGAGCCUUAGGUCCAGAUUGGCAUGAAAAGUUGGAAUUGAAAGGGGACAACACACACAGAGUAAUACUUGAAACAGAAGUUGAAGUAUCCUGUAUUUUGAGCUCUGAGGAAGUGAAGAAGUUGGGAAAAAGAGUUUCCACUACAAGAUUUGAAGAAGGAUCAGCUGAGUGGCCUGUGUAUGUUGAACUUACAAAUGGUAAAGUGUAUGGUUGCAGUUUCAUCGUGUCUGCUACUGGAGUCACGCCUAAUUCUAAGGAUUUUUUAGCAGGAAAUAAUUUUAGCUUGUCUUCAGAAGGGGGCUUUCUUGUUGAUGAUAAAAUGCAGACUACAGAAAGUGACAUCUAUGCAGCAGGAGAUGUUUGCACUCCAAACUGGGAAAUCUCCAGGCACUGGUUUCAGAUGCGUUUGUGGACUCAAGCACGGCAAAUGGGUUCCUAUGCCGCGAAGUGUAUGUGGUCAUCAAUAUCUGGAGAGGAAAUGUACAUGGAUUUCUGUUUUGAGCUUUUUUGUCAUGCAACUAAGUUUUUUGGGAAGAAAGUAAUUCUAUUAGGACUAUUUAAUGGACAAGGGUUGGACAGCAAAUACGACAUUCUACUACGGUAUUCAGAAGGAGUGGAAUAUAUCAAAUGUGUAAUGGUUGAAGGACGAAUGCAAGGAGCAUUGAUGAUCGGUGAAACUGAUCUAGAAGAAACUUUUGAGAACCUGAUUCUCAACCAAAUGGAUCUCUCCGAAUUUGGUGAAGACCUCCUUAAUCCCGACAUUGAUAUAGAAGAUUAUUUUGAUUAAUUGAUAGAAAUUACUCAUAAAACCAUUGUGCUUCUCUGAGGUUUGGGUGCAUAAAACAUGGUAAGGCAUUAAUGGCUGAAUGCACCUGAAAGUUGACUGUGAUAUUUAGUAUGGUUGUGAUAUUGUUUGAGUAAUGUAACACUCCGCAUGUGGAAUGUAUUGUAGUUUGUAGCCAUGUAGCGCUCUCCUAGAGCAUUAGAGAAGUUCAUAAAAUCACUUUUGGUACUUGAUUAUGAUAUUUGUCCUAACAGUGAAAGAUAAUAGUCUAUUCAGAGCACAAUAUAUUUUGAUGAGUACUACAAGUGAACAGUAUUAGUCUUUUGGAGCACAAAAUAUUUUAACUGCAAUUUCUUCUUCCUGAUCAUUAGAUUUAAAAUGUUCUGGACAAUCAUGAACUCUUCUACUUGUCCUUACUUAUUUACUUGACCUUACUUAUUUUCAGUGGAUAAUGGUUCUGAUAAAAAUUUCCUGUUUAGCUUGCAAAACUCACAGUUAUCCUGUUGGAGUUUCAGAACCCAUGAUCUCAAUAAAAUACAUUAAGACUUUCUUGA